AUCCCUUUGGGAGCUCAGCUCAUUUGCCUUUGGCAAAUCCAAAUUUGCCCUUUUUAGAAUUCUGUGACCCCCACCCCCAUUACUAAAUGCUGGACCCACCCCUUCUGUUGCCCUACCAACCCCUCCCUCAAAAUAAAGUGUAUAGAUAUUUAAACUCUGCCCCCUACCCACGCACUUGUAUAUAUAUGUAUGUACAGUAAGCGACACCAUGAAGUUAUCUGACGUUAAGCCAUAUGUAGUUCGUUUCUAAAUAGUCAUUAAUUAACCCAGAUGAGUACUCUAGUGUAGCUGUAAUUACCUUGCCACACCCAGGAAUAGAAUUAACCCAUAUACAGGAUACCAUACAUUAGGUGCUUGGUAACCUACAUGUGUAUAUAUAGGUUACAACACAUUUAAAAAGUUUACAAUUCCCAUUUUGGUUUCUAUAAAAUCCCUUUACGACAUACUUAAGCUAGGAAUCCGUGGGUACAUAUUAUUGUGCUUGUGAUGUGUAUUGUGCUUGUGAUGUGUAUUGUGCAUGUGAUGUAUAUUAUGCAUGUGAUGUGUAUUGGAACGAUCACAGAGGAGUUUGGGAAUUCAUGUAGGCCUACAUAUGUAUUGUGCAUUAUUCAACACGCAUUGCAUACAUAUGGAAGUGCUUCAAUUGAUUUCUUUAUUAUCCACAUGGUUCAACAUAACCGAGUUAAUAGAAAUCAUACGAAGCACACAUGUAAUAACAAGGUAAUGAUUUAAUUUUAGGAAGCGAUGUCAUAACAUGACGUUGAUUCCCCAGUCCUAGCUCAGAUUGUGCAUGUGAAAUAUCAAGUUGUGAGUGAAACAUUUUUAGAUGGCCCUUGGUAUUCAUAAAAAAUAACAAUAAUAAUAUGUAUAAUAAAAAUUAAAAAGUUUGUUUUGUUUAACGACACCACUGGAGCAUGGUAUGUAUAUGUCAAGUAUUAUUCAUUUCAAAACCAGUGUUUGGUUUACUUCCCCAGUAUUGCAUACACUGAAAGUAGCCUUUGUACAUGUACAUGUGUAGCUCUAAUUGUUACCGGUUUUUAGUGGGAACCAUACACUGGUUUCUACAAUGUAUAAAUUAAUGUGUGUAACAUUAUGCAUUAUACAAGUGACUGAGUACUGGUUAAUUUGUAAAUAGAAAAAAGACAAAAGAAGUUUUAUUAACAUUAAUUAUAAAAAGAAGUUAACUUUAAACAUGUUUUUUUAGUAGUAUAUGUGUAGAAGUUUAAUUAUUUCUUUUGUUUUAUUCUUUUUAAUAUGGAAAAAGGAACAGAAGAAAGUGUAAAGGAAACAGAAAAAGCUGACGCAAUGACAGAGGUAGAAGUUCAAGCGAAUUUGGAGGAUUUCAUCCAAACUGGCCGCACUGGCCGGAGGAAUGCAGUGGGUGACAUCCUCACAGACCCACACUCACAGCUGUCCACUGGAGGGCUGUCAAUUGACAUGGACAAACUCAAAUGUUCAGAUGACUCGGCUAACAAGUCAAACAGCAACAACGGCCCCAGUCCUGAAGGGGCUGUCGGGGGAGAUGUGAAGGGCUCAUAGCAACAACUCAGGGGGAGGGGGCGGGAAUAUUGGUGCUAGCUAGUCAUCGUUGCCUAAGCAACGGCUCACAAACGAAACUGUUGAGAAUACUACUAGGGACUACAUGUAAGUCUUGGACUUCAUCACUGGCAUGAUGUCAUCAGUGUGGUAUGAUGGCAUCAGUGUGGCAUGAUGGCAUCAGUGUGGUAUGCCAUCAUCACUGGCAUGACUUUAUCAGUGUGGUAUAACUUCUUCAGUGGCAUGAUGUCAUCAGUGUGGUAUGCCAUCAUCACUGAAAUGACUUCCUCAGAGUGGUAUGACAUCAUCUUUGGCAUAACUUCAUCACUGGUGCACCUGUCCAGUUGGUGUUGGUAGAGCUUGGGAAGUUUCCUCCAGAAGGUUCUAGGAAUGAAGAACAACCACUGCCUUGUCUUGUCAGUUGCUCAUUGCCUGGUGUUUCCAUGGCAAUGGUUAGCGAGAAGAAAGUAACGGCAUCUUGUUAUUGUCGUCAUGACAUCCAUGUUUGUUGCCUUGAGUCUCCAUGGCAGCAGCUUGUGAGAAACAAAAUAAUCAUCCAGAAAGAAAUAAUCUUUGUCAAAUAGAAGCAGACGUCACCUCUAUUUUGCGAGUUGCCACAGUAACACAAAGGUGGUGAAAACAACAGAGUAAAAUGCUGCUAAUUAUUUUACCUGUUUAUUGAAUUUGUUUUAAUAUGUAUACAAGUGAAGAUGCUGCUGUUUGUCAGUCUUCGUAACUUGUUUUUUUUUUUCUCAUAGUUUUACUUGUUGCCAUAGCAAUUGUUUGUAUAUUUGUGCAUUUUUUCGGAGGUUAGAAUUGCUCAGAGAUGAGAUCUGAUUUUUUUUUAGUUUUUGUGCAGAAUGCUGAAUGUUUCAAAUAAGAAUACAUACAUGUAUGUAGAAAUACUGAUUGUCCACUAAUUUUUAACAAGGUGCACACACCGAUUCACAAUAAGGUGCACAGUUCAAUUCUCAAUAAGGAGCAGCACACACCAAAUCUCAGUAAGGUGCACACACUAAUUCUCAGUAAAGUGCACACACCAAUUCUCAGUAAGGUGCACAGUUCAAUUCUCAAUAAGGAGCAGCACACACCAUAUCUCAGUAAGGUGCACACACCAAAUCUCAGUAAGGUGCACACACCAAUUCUCAAUAAGGUGCACACACUAGUUCUCAAUAAGGUGCACAGUCCAGUUCUCAGUAAAGUGCACACACCAAUUCUCAAUAAGGUGCACACACCAAUUCUCAAUAAGGUGCACACACUAGUUCUCAAUAAGGCCGGUGCACAUACCACAAUAAGGUGCACAGUCCAGUUCUCAGUAAAGUGCACACACCAAUUCUCAGUAAGGUGCACACACCAAUUCUCAAUAAGGUGCACACACUAGUUCUCAAUAAGGCCGGUGCACACCCCAAUCAUUCUCAGUAUUAAGGUACAUGAACGUAGUGCUUAUAAACCCUCUGUAGUCUUUAUGAAGAUUUGAUUUCAGUAUGUUGACCAUUUCAAAUUCUAUUGCAGCAUGCGUUUGUCUGGGUAGAGUGUAAGCCUUUUGUGGAGUAAUUUGUAACAUAGAACUGUACGGAGACCCAGGCUAAACGGAUAGACAUAAUAAUGUGUGGGUUGAGAUCCUAAAGUAACAUGGAUUGUAGAUAUUGCAAGUUGGAAACACUGUACAUCUGUUUAUCCUGCAACCACCGUUUCUAUUGACAGAAUAUUGAUGACCGAUAACUACAUUACAAAAUAACUCAUUUAAUCUCUAGGGCAUCAUACAAUGUGGCUAAAAUAACAAAUAAUAGCUUUUCUCCUUAAGGUUUAUGGUCUGCAGGAUAAAGAUAAUAACUAGUUAGUGACGUUGGAUAUCUGCUUUAUCCUGUUUAGGCUGAAUGAGAAAUCUCAUUCUUACCGUCACAGAAUAAAGCAGAUAUUCGAUGUCAUUAAUCAGUUAUUCUCUAUUUGUAUAUGUUGGUGUGAUGCCUUGAUUAUUUCUUUCCAUCAGUGUAUUCACUAUCAGGUUGGGGUAAUAAAGUCACAGAUUUCACGCUAGGCUUCUCAACACCGUGGCUUGCAUGCUAUAUUUUCCACCACUAAUCAACUUCUAGACCGAAGUCUGUACAAGGGGUUGUUGUAAACACACAACUUAAUUAAACACCUCUUGGAUUUUUCAACCAUCACUCUCUCAGCCAGUCUGAAAUAUAAUGAAAUAAUUAAUGUUAUCAGAAAGAUAAGUUCUUGCUUAACAAAAGCACAAAUGAUGAUGACAAUGUUCAGUAGUUUAAUUGCGUUUAUAAUAGUUUUGACAGUACGGUAUUUGAAGCAGAAUGAAAAUCACAGUAACUAUGGAUGGGGAUUGUUCUUCACUCUGAUAUACAUGACCAAUUCUUUGAGAAAACAUUCUUUGUAACGUCGUGAAGAGUGGAACUGUUGUAUGCCGAGAUGACAGAGUCUACCCUUCUUAUCUCCCCCCCCCCCAGUGAGUCUGUCACAAUCAACAGGUAGUUGGUGGCAUUCCAGAUACUACCGGCCUUGGUGGUGUUGUGGUUACCCAUUGGACUUGAGGCUGGGUUUGGUUCCCAGUACCUGCUCCCACUCAAAGCAUAGCUUUAAGACCACUGCACCAACUUCACUCUCACUAACAGCUAACCACUAUUUUGUUAUUUCAGCUUAUUUUCGUGCUUCUAUGGGUAAGUUGUUAGUGGUUAGUGAGAGAGAAGAGGGUGUAGUGGUUUUACGCCUACUCAUUGAG